GUGCUAUCCAGGGCUGACUGCGCUUUCACUUGGUAUGAGCCGCAACGGCGAUUGGCAUCCACCUGCAACUUACCUUAGCGACGUGACUUGAUCGAAUUCUCCUGAGGGUUGAGAAGUUUGCUGUUCUUGAGAAUUAGGGAUACGAACGGAUUACCUCCGCAUCCAGUACCUGGUAUUGUACCAAUACGGCACGCAACCACACAGACGCUGCCCUCCUUUUAUACCAACCGACCCACAUAAUCUUGAAACCUCGGAUCCCCCUUGGGCCCUGCAACCUGGGCGAAUCCCCACCCGCCGUGCGAGAUGGCGACUCGAGGGACUGUCAAAAGUCGUGUCAUGUCCUCUCAGACCUUUGGCAUCAUUACCGCGAUCAUGUUUUCCUUCCCUCGAGAUGUAACAGGACACGGCGGCCACGGAAUGUCGGAAAAGAUCGUGCAAGGAGAAGCGGCCAGUUCAGAUCCAAUGGUAUGUGAUAUUGGCAGAGGGAUACUUCGGAAUUGCGAGUAGGACGGCGAUGUUGACUGCAGAUUGUAGGACUCGAUAUUAUGGAUACAUAUCCUGUUGAUGAUGCUAAGUUUUGGCAUCAUCUUUCCCACGGGAAUGGUUCUGGGGGUAUGUAGCCAUCUCGGCCACUGCUAGGAGAACACAUCUAAUUGCAGGAGUAGAUGACGAAGAACCGAUUUCACGUACCAGUGCAAGUAACGGGAACGGUCAUUGCGAUAUUGGCAUACUUCUUGGGACACCUUCACAAAGGAAAGGAAUUUGCGUCGAAUGUGCACGCUGAUUUCGCCAAUUGGUUGAUGCUCAUGCUUGCCGUUCAAGUCACUUUUGGCAUCUACCUUAAAUUCCACAUCACAAAGGGGUUCCACGGUAAAAUCAGGAAGGUGGCGGUUUAUGGCCACGGAAUUGUCGGAAAGGCCAUGCCAGUGGUAGCUUGGACACAAAUGCUCUUUGGUGGUAUCACGGCCUUGGGAUUCUGUCGAGACGAUCACUUGGGACAAUGCCUUGCACAUUUCAUCAUGGGAAGUGCUUUCAUCGCAUACGGAAUCCUCCUCACCGUGGUUAUGCUGGUUGGUCAGCAUUGGUUGAAGCGAACGGGACGGUCACAAGAAUUCUUUGACUCCAUGGUUAUUGCUGCUUGGGGGUGCGUAAACACUUUCACUGAACACAGAUGGGGCGGAGCGUGGGUCGCCAAUGAUAUUCAACAUACCACAAUGGGAGUCAUCUGGUGGGCCGCGGGUCUUGCUGGGGUUUGGCUGAGCAGAAAGAGGGAUGGAUCUCCAAAGAGAAACUUCAUUCCCGGUUUUGUUAUCUUCAUGACUGGUUGGGCUAUGUCGGGUCAUCCACAACACUUGCCCCUCAGCACGAUGGUUCAUACCGUUUUUGGGUAUACAUUGAUGGCUGCAGGAUUAACCAGAAUUGUUGAGAUUGCGUUUGUCUUGAAAGACCAACACACUAUCUCUGAGGAUGGGGAAGCUAAUAGCUUCCAAUAUAUUCCAGCAUUCGUAAGUUUCCUGUCCAAACCUGUCGCAGAAUCAAUUCGACCAAGUACUGACGAACAUAGCUGUUAUAUGCAUCUGGAUUUCUCUUCAUGGGAGCUACAGAAGAACAAAUGCAACUCAUCUCAGAUGCUGGCAUAACCCACGUUUCUUACGUUCUGGUCUUGUAUAGUUUCUCUUUCAUCAUAUUCCUCUUCACGAAUAUGCUCCUUCACCUGUACGCGGUAAACUCGGCCCCAGCAGUUCCACCAAAGGACGGCGAGGCACCAGCGCGUGCGCCUCGAAUGGGAAAUCAUUCGCAUUCAGACUCGAGGCAAAUCAGGGAUGCAGAAGAAUUCGAACUAGCAGGUUUAAUGAGCGAUGACGAACCCCCGGAAACCCCUAGCGUGUACGGAAAGAUCGAAGGAAGGGUCGAGUAGGCAUUUUUAGGCAUGAUACCAAUAGGUGGUUCGAUACAAGUUUAUAGUUGGGAUCAUUGCAUGGCGUGCGGCGUUUUGGAUGUUUUGGAAAUAUAAUACAUUGUGAGAGUAUACGUAUCAAUCCUCCCUAUCAGUAUGUUCUUUCAGACGGAUUUUCUUGUCACUGUAGAGUAAUUAUCGGGUCACGAAGAUUUCGAUAGGGAGUCUGAAGAGCUGAGGGUGUGCUUGAUAGGAUAGACACACAGUGGUGCCAGCGAUGUUAGUGAUGUUUUUAAAAUGAUCAGUCGAGACGGACUCCGUUAGCAUGGCCCAACAAAUUCCAAAUCUCACGCUUGUUAAUUUUC